AUGGAACAAACAACUUCAACAAUAGGACAAAGCGAGGAAUCUCGAUUUGAGCUUAUUGAAAAUGACACAAAGAGCGAUACGGUAACCGAGGAUACCCCUCAACCGCCACCAGACAAUCAACUCUCCUCUUCCAAAUCACCUUCAUAUCCUCCAACCGCCACAGAACCAUCCAACAUGGCCGGCCACGCUGCUUCAAAGAAGAAAGGUACGGCCUCCACCAUCAAGAAGUCAGCCAAGCGCCCAAAAAACACAGGAGGACCAAGAGCAGCAAAAAAGGCCAGAGCCGCGCCAUCAGGAGAAGCCCCUGAAUCGGGAGGAUCCGAACUCGAGGAAUCUGACCACGGACCUUACUGCAUUUGUCGUGGUGCAGAUGACCAUCGAUGGAUGAUUUGUUGCGAAAACUGUGAGGAUUGGUAUCACGGGGAGUGCAUCAACAUGAGCAAAGAGAUUGGUGAGUCUCUAAUCGAAAAGUUCAUUUGCCUCCACUGUACAAAUGAGAACCUAAAAACACUAUACAAAAAGACAUGCGCACUUGGCGGCUGCCGAAAAGCGGCACGUAUAGCUCAGGAUGAGGAAAGUGUCUUUUGCUCUAAUGAGCAUGCGCAAACCUGGUGGGAACGCAUGGUAGCCAAGCUGCCCAAAGCCAAGGGGAAGGGGAGUAUCAACGACCAGCUUAGCCAGGAAGAGUUCAUGGCACUCUUGGGAAGUGACCUCUCAGGAAUCGACGAGGAAGGACUCUGGCGAUUGUUCAAGACACCAUUUUCGGGCGAAGAGAAUGUGACAAAUGGAAAUGAGAAAGAAAACAAAAAUGACGAUUCACUCCAUCUUUCUGGGGAGGAGAAAGAGUUUCUCGAGAACGCAGCAGCAGCGCGCUUUCAUUUGGCCGAGGAAACGGUUCUCUGCCACAAAAUGCUGACUCUCCUGGAACUCGCUCACGAGCGUCGUCAAGCAGCCAUCAACGCAGGCCGUUUCAAGGAAGACAUUUGCGGCUACGAUCAGCGUCUCGAUACUAUUAGCGCCCGGGACUCAUUCGGAGCUUUCGCAAAGUCACCAGAGGGUGAGGCCAUCUUCAAAGCGUCAAAGCUCGAUGACCCCCUGGGAGAAGGCGACGAAGUCCGCGGUAUGUGCGAGCGCAAACGCUGCAAGAUUCACAGUGGAUGGUACAAGAUGCUCUCACUAGGUCUCAAGCACCAGAUUCGUGAGAUGGCAACGCAGGCCGACGAGGUUGGAGAGGAAGAAAAGGUGAUGCGCCAAGCUGCGAAGGAGCGAUGGAGGAGGAAGCAGUCGGAAAAGAACUGGGUUGAAGUGCUUGACCGGUGA